AGGGCCCGCCGUCCAGCAUUACCCCGUGAGUGCUCCACUAGCAUGUGCCUGUCCUGUGAAACUGCAGCUGCGGACCCGUCGGAAGAGAAUUCAGCCCCUGCAGUGCACUAGAAGACAAGUGUCACUUUGGACUUGUGGUGCUCCCCAGAGCAGCCUUCGCGCUGUCGUGUUUCUGUGCCGAGAAGUGAUUCGUGUGUCGACUUCUUUUGGUUCUGAUUUGAACCGCCCGCUUCCAACGUCUCGUCGCCCUAAAGGAUAUUCCAGUUCGCCAUCAUGCCUGUCGAGAUCGACGCAGCCACCCCUUACAACUUCAACAAGCGCUACAGUGAGCCCGCCGUCUCCCCGAGGAAGCCGCCCAUCAUGAACAAGCUGUGCCGCCAAGUGAGCAUCGAGAGCCCCGGGCCCACCAUCAAGGACUGCGUGUUCAGCUUCGAGGUGCCCGUGCCCGACGUGCCUCCAAAUGGUGCCCGCAUCAGGGUGGUGUGCGCCGGUGCUUGCUACCGCAUCCGCCGCUCGCCGUCCAUCUCGUCCGUGUCGAGCACGGGCUCCGUGUCCAGCCUGAGCACGGAGCUGUCCCUGGACCAGGGGCUCGGCGGCUCGGUGGUGGGCAGCCUGCCCCGCAGCUCCGGCAGCUUCAGCGGGACCUGCAACAUGCCCCAGAGCCCCGCCCACCACGGCGUGCGCGACGGCGCCCUGUUCCCCGGCUACGAGGUCGCCGGCAUCGUCGAGUCGCUCGGCGCCGAGGUGGAGGACAAUGCCGCGAUCCAGGAGGGCGACCGCGUCGUCCUCUACCCCUAUGACGGCGUCCCUCACGGAUACGCCGAGUUCAUCAUCGUGCACGAGCUCAAGUACCUGGUGAAGAUCCCGGACUCCGUGUCUCUGCCCGUGGCUGCCAUGCUGCCCACGGGCGCCCUGCUCGCCAUGAACACCGUCUUCAACGCCCACCAGUACGUCGAAGACAUCCUCCACCAGCGCGGCGAGAAUGGCGUGUGCAAGAUCCUGAUCGUGGGCACCGGCGGCCUCGCCCUCUGGGCCAUGCGCAUUGCGUCGCACCAUUUCAAGGACACCAAGAUGCGCGUCCAGCUCACUGUUGCCUCCCUGAAGGAUGAGGGUUUCCUGAUGGCCAAGGAGUUUAAGACUGUUAAUGUUGUUCAAUGGAGUGAGGAUCUCUAUGAACGUCAGCUCAUUGAACGCACAACGGAUGCCUGCAAUGGCGAGGUUGAUAUCGUCAUUGAUUUUGGCACCACCUCUAGGAGCUUGCACAGAUCUCUCCAGUGCCUCAGCAAGGGAGGUGUAGUGUUUAUGUGCUCAGAGGUAGCUGAAAAACUGAUGCCCAAAUUCAGCCGCUUAGCAGAUGAGCGUCAACAGCGCAUUAAGGCUGUGGACAUGGGAACCAUUGAGCAGCUGCAAGAAUUAGUUAAACUUGUUGGAAAUGGCGAGAUUGAACCUCCACCUCACACUGUCUUCCCUGCAGAGGAAGCCUGCAAAGUUAUGGAGAAAUUGUGCAAUUCGGAGAUCCAGGGUCGUGCUAUCCUUCAGUUCUACGAUGCUGAUUAGAUGAAGACGGAGGCUGCUGUCCAGAGCACGAAAACAAGAUUUUAAAACUGCUCCUAAAUUCUGUGAGUGUCUACUCUCAGCAAUGAGAAUAGGGGUCAUGCCGCUCAGCUAAGAAUGGCUAUGGUCACAUCCACCUUGCUGUGUAAAUUUGAAUGAAGAUACUCAGGUUGAACCUGUAUUUGAACAUCUCCAUUUUAUAAAAAUUGGAGUCAUUUAUUCAAUUAUUGCUUUCAAUUAGUAUCAAAUGAUGGUACUGGUUUAGUACCAUUAAUUGCAAAAAUGUCAAUCUAUAUACAUAUACUUAAACAUUGGCGAUUCAAAGUAAUUAAUUACGGUAGUGAAGUACAGCUGCUUUCCGUGUUCAGUGUUGUAGCUGUCUGUUGUUUAUUAUACAUUUUGACAGUUUAAUACUGCAAAAAACUUACUAAAAUUUGUGUACCAUUAUCAUUUUUUAAAGUUUUAAAUUCAAUGUCAAUUCUAAUUUGAUUUUAGGAUGGGUUUGAUUACUUGAUACCAGCAUUGGUAGAGAGUUCUUCUCACAAUUACGCUUGAAGGAGUUGUCAGUAGACACUUCAAUAUGUAUUCUGUGUGGUAGACUGUAUACAUUAUUGUUGGAUUUUGUUUUCUGGAUAAGCAGAGCAAUGGGAGAAGCUCAGAGUGUAUGACAUCUAGUCCCAAAUUCUUGGUGAAAUGUUUACACAGAAUGCUCAUAGUCCAUUUAUUCUUGCAAUUAGGUGCAAAAGUUUUAUUUUCUUUCACACGUUCUGUACUUGCCGUUGCAAAUUAUAGCUCAGCGAUGUCUUCAAUAUUUUUCAUAAUUACAUCAUCUGCAUUCUGUGUACAGAGUAAUGAAGGGACAUCAACUAUAGAGGAGCUGUAGUAAUUGAUGAAUAUUACAACAAUGUGAUAAUUGUAAAUGUAUUAAAUUAUUUCAUGUUAAGUUAGUUUAAGCAAAGUGUUAAAGUUCUCUAUGAAGUGAUGGCAUAACAUUCUGUGAGUGAUAAGAGAUAGUUGAUUGUGAACUUGAGCAUGUGCAUAGUACAUUUGGAAUAGUUCCUUAGCGAUCAUAUUCUCAUCAUUUUUUUUGUGCCCCAUCACAUUUUA